UCAGGAUGACAACCAUUUCUUUACCGUUUUUACUGCGUUUUUUGGAUUAAUACUUAUAACGUUAUUUAGUAAUUACUUAAUUUUAAUUUCACCAUGGAGUACGACAUCAUUAACACUACCAGUGGUAUUGAUAUUAUUGGUAGUACCUAUGCAGAUAUUUAUAUUAAAUAUGACAAAAAAGUGAAACCACGCGUUGAAAAAACCGAACAAAAGGUCAAAGUCCCUAAGCAAAGCGAUUCUGCUGAAGAAAUAUGGACAUCUCCAAGCGAUCUGCUUAUCGGAAAAAUACAAAUGCAACCACCAUUUACUUCAAAGAUUAUUAAAAGUAAAACACAUGAAGGCAUUAUACAUAUUGGGGAUGAUGUAUUACAGAAAGAAUAUGAGGAGUUUCUUCUUUCCCUAAAAAAGUUAUUGCGUGAAAACGACGACUGUUGGAAAUUCGUUCUAAUGAACGAAUCAGAAGAAAUUUAUAAAAGGGUGAAAAUAAAAUAUCAAAACAUCUUCAAGACAAAAAGUGCUCUAAUGACUAAAGAAAUGUACAUUUUUUAUGAAAAUACGCUUAAGGAAUUGGAAGAGCACGUAAAAAAUGAAGUAGAGACUGUUUUAACUAGCGUGUAUGCAAAAAUCAUUAGCUACUUAAACGAUCAAAUAUAUUUGAAAUUGCGCAAAGAAAGAAAAAAAUUAGAAGAUACCUUAAAUAAAAAAUAUUUAACGGAAAUUAAAAAAAUAAAGCGAUAUUAUGCUCUUCUACUAAGAAAUGAACAUGAAAAGUCAAAUCAACUAACAAAUUAUGCACUCAGAAAACGAAACAAUGCCAUUGAGAUGUUUUAUAAGCAAAUUAUAUGUGAAAGACUGACUAGUUCGAUAUAUGUUCUGUGCACGGAAAGAAAAAAAUGUAAAAUUAAAAAUAUCAUCAUAGAAAAGUAUCAUACCGCAGAAAUAAAUAAAGUUGUUGAAAAAAUCAAACAAAAAACGGAUUUAUUGCAGUCUCUUAAAGAAAAAGAUGUCUGUAUUUUAGAUAUUAACAAAGAUUGGGAAGGAAAAAUAAAGAAAGUUUUACAAUUGUUCUUAAAAUUUAUUAGUUUUGCUCUUAAGCUUUUGCCAGAGCAGACAACAUUUUUGCUUCAGUUAGAAAAACUGGUACAAUUACAGCUUGAGGAUGUGAAGGAAUCUGAUAAAUCCAACAGCUCAAUUUUAGUGGAGGAAAGUAAUGUUUUUAAAUUUGAACAAUCAGGUCCUAGUGUUGAAAUAUGUACAAAGGAACCAUUUGUUAUUGAAGGAGACACUUCUGACACACCUCCAAUAGUUUAUGGCAGCAGGGAAACGAUACCUUUAGAUGUAGAUCUACCGUAUUUCAGGUUACAAAGGCAAUUUAUUUACGCAAAAUGUCACGGGUUUGAAGAGAUUAAAAAGUUUUUAGAUUCACAACGAUGUAAAUGUCGCGAACAACCAGAACCACAACCAGUAAUGUCCUCAACGACUAGCAAAGUGCAAUCUGUAAAGUCAAGUACUAGCGAGAGCUCGGAUGAAUCAUUUUUGUUCGAAGAUUUUCACCGGCUUCCCGAUUGUCCGGUUCAAAAAUGUACUGGUUCUUUAUUAACAAACUAUUUCCCUUAUUUAAAUUCCUACUUUGAUUUCACGGAAGAAAAUUUUAGAAGAGUGGAAGCAAUAUUUGGUACUCCAUAUAAGAAAGAAGGAAAAGAAACAUUGUUAGACGCAAAAGAUAUAGUUAAUAGUGAAUUGCCAUUUGCGGAAACCAAAGAAAAGUUUCACAACAUUGAGACACAGUGUUCCAGUGACGAAGAUGUAAGGUAUGAUCCUCCAUGCCCUUGUUUACAUAAUAUGUUAAAAGCGAGCACUGGUAAUGAAACAGUGAGCGAUUUCUUUCAAAAAUCUGUGGGCGAUACUUGCAUAAAGCGACAGAAAAUGUUGAAAGAAAUAGCAAAAAGGUAUCCAAAACUGAAAAAAAUAUUCGCGGAACAUGGUAUAGAUUUGGAAACUUAUGUAUAAUUUUGAUAAAUCAUUAAUUGUUGGUAUUGUACUAACAUGUCAACAAUAAACUAUAAAACCAA